AUGAGCGCACAUGGCUUUGGCGAGUCCACCGUUCGACCGGAACCAGAUAAGGUCCUGCAAGACAUUGCGGACUACGUCCAUGACUACAAGGUCACUUCUGAUCUUGCUUGGGACACUGCAAGACUCUGCCUUAUCGAUACCAUUGGAUGCGGUUUAGAGGGUCUUCGUUUCCCUGAAUGCAAGCGCCUUUUGGGACCUGUUGUUGAGGGAACUAUUGUUCCAAACGGUACAAAGGUUCCUGGGACCAACUUCCAGCUCGACCCCAUUCGAGGAGCGUUCAACAUUGGUACCAUGAUCCGAUGGCUCGACUACAACGACUGCUGGCUUGCCGCAGAAUGGGGCCAUCCGUCGGAUAACCUUGGUGCCAUUCUCGCCGUCGCCGACCAUUUGACGCGCCAAGGUCAAAAAUUCACCGUCAAGGACAUUCUGGAGGGUAUGAUCAAGGCCCAUGAGAUUCAGGGCUGUCUGGCACUCUUAAACAGCUUCAAUCGCGUCGGUCUUGACCACGUUGUGCUUGUCAAGGUUGCAAGCACGGCCGUGGUCAGCAAAAUGCUGGGUCUUUCGCGUGCCCAGACCGUCGAUGCGAUCUCACAAGCGUGGGUCGAUGGCCAAUCUCUUCGUACCUACCGCCACGCGCCCAACACUGGCUCACGCAAGUCGUGGGCCGCCGGAGAUGCAUGUUCUCGCGCAGUAAACCUUGCUCUUCUCGUCAAGAAGGGUGAGAUUGGACUUCCUUCUGUCCUGACUGCCAAGACAUGGGGCUUCUAUGAUGUACUUUUCAAGGGCCGUCCAUUCGAAUUCCAGCGAGGAUAUGGCUCCUACAUCAUGGAGAAUGUCCUCUUCAAGAUUUCUUAUCCAGCCGAGUUCCAUGCUCAGACUGCCGUCGAAGCUGCUCAUAUUCUCUAUGGCAAGCUGAAGGAGAUGGGGAAGUCUGCCGCUGAUAUCAAGAGCGUGGUCAUUCGCACUCAAGAGGCCGCUAUUCGCAUCAUCGAUAAACAAGGGCCACUUGACAACUUUGCCGAUCGAGACCAUGCAAUCAGUUACAUGGUCGCUUAUCCUCUUAUUUUCGGUGAACUGACCUCCCAGAGCUACACCGACGCUGCAGCCGCUGAUCCACGCAUCGACGAGCUUAGGGCCAAGAUUCGCUGUGUUGAGGAAAACAAGUAUAGUGUCGAGUACCACGACCCAGAAAAACGUUCGAUCGGCAACGCAAUCACGAUCGAGCUCAACGAUGGCACCAAACUCGAAGAGGUUGAGGUUGAAUACCCGGUGGGACACAAGCGCAGGCGUAUCGAAGGUACUCCAUUGCUCAUGGCCAAAUUCAAGCGCCAUAUCGCACCUCACUUCGACUCUGCUCACCAGCAAAAGAUUCUGCAAACUGUGGAAAAUGCCAAGGCCUUGUCGGAAAUGCCGGUCGACAAAUUCACCGAUCUCUUUAUCAAGGCAUAG